AACUUUGGUAACAGAACAGACUCACCUGUGUACUCAUAGGGUUGCCCUUUGCGGGGGCCACAAGCAGCUAAUGGAGAUCUGCUAAUGCCAAAACAAGGACUUUUUCAUGGGCUUAACAUUUUCUGAAAAAUAAAAUGAAAGUAUUUCUGUCAUUUGAUGGUCUCUGUGAACCAUUCAACAUUCUCCCUGGCCAAACCGUGAAGGAUGCCAAACAGAUGAUCAAGGACUAUUUUCACAUCCAGCUGUCAGAUGACAAGCAAGGCAGUAGAUUCCUGGAGCUCAGAUAUGCAGGUGGAGUGCUGAGAGAUGAGUGGCUUCUAGCCGAUACUGGAAUCACUGUAUGUUCCACUAUUAAAUGUUCUGUCAAGGAGGAAGAGAAGCCAGCUCUGUAUGUAUAUAAUGCCGUGACUAUGGAGAAAGUCCAAAUAAUGGGGAAUGUACAUCUUCUUGCUGAAACAGUUUCCAGACUAAAGUCCUUAGUAUCUCUGAAAUGUGGAUUUCCAGUCAGUGUUUUCUGCCUGAAGACGUUAGAGGGCAUCGAAAUGUACGACUGCAACACUCUGAGCGAUUACAAGCUGGAUUUAGGUGCAACAUUGAGAAUGGAUGUAUGGGACGGCUGGACAGAACUUCUCGGUGCCUGUGUACUUGGACACAUACAAACUGUCCAGAGUUACUUGUCAAAAAGCAAAAUGAUUCUCAGAUACCAGCAGAGAGUAACCCUUUACAUAGCUGCGUAUUUGGGUCAUCUGGAACUUGCAGAAUGGCUUACAAAAAAUGGUGUCCGAGCAGAUGAAGCCGUUGGUGUCCAUCCUUGCAGAGAAUGGUGCUGUGAGACAGAUCAUCCAGACAUAGGCAAAUGUGCCAUCCAUGCUGCUGCUGAAACAGGCCAGUUACUUCUAAUCAAAGCUUUUGUUGCACAUAAUGCCUUGUGCUUGGAGUGCCAAAAUCCACUUGGCCAGCUGCCACUGAAGAUAUCCACCCAGCAUGGGCAUAAAGACUGUGUUCUGUAUUUGAUUAUGAAAAUGUGGUCAGUUGUCUCUUUUCCAAAAAUCAAUCUCCCAAUGAGUAUCUACAUCAAAGUUAAAAGAUGGCUGUUUAGGGCUCAGAAAAAAAUGUAUAAAGUAAAGAAGUGGUCUCUGGAAUUCAGUACAUGUGUUGGGGACCCUCUUUUUAUUGAUGGUUUCACAGAAUCAAAAAUGAGUAGUAAAGGUCUACAUGGUCUUUAUCAAGACAAGUGGAAAAAGCUAAAAGCCCCCAUGAGUAGCAGUCAAAAAUUUGUUGAUGCAGUGGUAAAAAGCACAAUGACGCUGAGAAACAGCACAGCAAAAACACCCAGGUUUCCUUCAACCAAGCAAACACCAGAAAAUCACUUCAAGAAGAGACGUGGAGUUGGGUGCCAUUCAGAGGAUGAUAAUGACAUUCAUAAAAAUAAUUGGAAGCCUCAAAUUCCACUUCCACCCAUCUCAAACAUCAGCAAUAACCGUCCACGUCAUUUAACAACUUCCUACGCUGCUUCUCUCUUUAAUUCAUCUCUGGAGUCUUACACAAAGCACAGUGGCCGGACACCGAGACAGAGUGCAAUAUACUGCUUAGGCAUAGCCAGUGAGUUUAAAGAAAAGCCUUGGCUCCAACAGCUAGACAUUGCCAGGAUGCUAGCCAAGAGAACAGUCUACAACUUGUAAAGUCUGGCGAGGUCGUGUAUUUAAGACAACGAUCCCGACAUUUCUUAAAAGAAGAAGCAUUUUGGCUGCGUAUGGAUAUUUUUGUUUAUAUGUGAAUUAUCUGUUUUGUUUAAUAGACUUACAGUAUCCUAGGUUACAACAUGUGAACAGCAGUUUGCAAGACACAGAAACUACAGUAUGUAUAUACAAUUAUCAUAUAUAAAGGAACAAUAAAACGCAUCCGUUUUUAUAGUAGUUGGGUAGCUGGCAAAUGAAAUGCUGUCCUUUUCUUUCCUUAUACAAACUCCUAUAACCGUAUGCGCAGUAUGCCAUGCAAAAUAAUAAUUGUAUAUGAUUUUAUUACAUUACCAAAAUGGUAUAUGCCACUAAAUAGAUUUUGCAUUAAGGGCAUUUUUCUGCCAUCCAGAGAAGCAUUGUGACUACUCAAUAAACGCAUUGGUCCCUUUGAA